AUGAGCUCCAGGGUUUCUCCUACAGAGGCUGUCCCCGGAACUGCGGCUCAGAGUUGGAGCCCUCCACAACCAUCGGCGGCGCCGCUUGCAGUGAUUCUGGCAAGCGGCGACGGUGGCAGCGGCGCGCUGAUCAAUCUUGAAGCCAGCGAUGAUGAGGUUCAUAUGUGGUCCUCUCCGAUAAGAAUUCCUCAGCCCGCUCUCUAUCUUUCCCCCAGAUCCUUCGACCUCUACAUCCCCGACCUCCUCUUCUUCGGCGAUUCGACCACCGCCGCUUCGGACCGCUCCGUCGAGUUCCAGGCCAAGUGUUUGGUCGAUUCCAUGAAGAGAUUGGGGGUCGACAAGUACUGCGUAGCGGGGAUUAGUUACGGCGGGUUUGUGGCGUAUAGAGUGGCGGAGAUGGCGGGGGAGGGGGCGGUGGAGAGGGUGGUGGUGAUGACGGCGGGGAUCGUCGCUGGUGAGGAGGAGAGGAGGGAGCUUGUCGAGAGAGAGGGGAGGGAUGUUUCGGAUGUUUUGUUGCCGAGGCGACCGGAGGAUCUGAUGGAGCUUAUUAGGCGGUCGAUGGUCCGGCCGCCGAGGUGGAUGCCGGAGUUCUUGCUCAUGGAUUUCAUCGAGGUAAUGUACAAGGAUCGGAGGAAAGAGAGGGUGGAAUUGUUGAAAUAUUUGAUAGCGAAGGGAGCUGGAGUGGACCCUCUUCCAGUACUAAAACAGGAGACUCUCAUCUUAUGGGGUGACCAGGAUACUGUGUUCCCCAUUUCUUUGGCUUAUAAAUUACAGAGACAUUUGGGGCCAAAAGCGAGGCUUGAAGUUAUCAAGGAUGCUGGACAUGCAUUGCCACUGGAGAAGCCUGAUCUUGUUAACCAUAUGAUUGAAUGGUUUUUGACCGAACCAUACCAAAGCGUAUCAACCUAAUCGGUUAUAUGAUCAGACGGUACAUUAUAUCAACUGUUGUACUAUGGACAAGAAUUUUCUCAGCUCCAAUGAUAAAUUAGUUUUCGACUUGAACAAAAAUUUAGGAUUAAACAGGCAACUAUACGCUAUAGGGUGAC